UUUCCAUGGUUUUAUGCAAUUUCAGAACUUGAUUGUACUACUAAUGGCAACGAUGACAUAAACAAUAGAACACUGAAGACUUUUUUGAAAUCUCGAGGAAGAAUUUCCAUUUCUAUCCCUCUCUUAAUCUACUGUGCUUGAGUGGGAAUUUCAUUAAUUUAAACUAUGGUUCUUUCUUGUAUUCCCCUGUGAUUACGGGUACCCCACGACCCAUUGCGUGGGCUGCGGGUAACAGGAUAUAUGGGGAGUACACAGAGCUCAGGCUCCCAAAACACAGAGACACUGUAAGCCCUUCUUUCUCUCAAUCCCAUUUUCUGUUCCUCUUCUCUCUUUUUAGAGUUUGGACUUGAAAUGUCUAUGAAUUGAAAGAACAGUAGUUGCAGGUGAAGGAAGGAAAGAGAGAAGAUGGAAGAGGGUUCUCCGAAGAUGACCCAUCUGUCUUCCAUUUCAACAAUGCGAAAGGGAGGCUUGAGGACUAUGCCCUUCAUCAUAUUGAACGAGUCGUUUGAGAAGGUUGCAAGCUAUGGGCUCAUGCCCAAUAUGAUUUUCUACUUGAUGAAAGAUUAUCACUUGGAUGCUGCUACUGGGACUACCAUUCUCUUGCUCUGGUCUGCUACCUCCAAUGCCCUUGCCAUGGUGGGGGCUUUCCUCUCCGAUUCUUGCUUGGGUCGCUUUCGUGUCAUCGCCCUGGGCUCCUUCUCUAGCUUCCUUGGAAUGAUUAUGCUAUGGUUAACAGCCAUGGUUCCAGAAACGAAGCCCUCUCCCUUCUGUAAUCCUUCGAACGGGAGCUGCAAAUCCUCCACGGCUGCUCAACUAGGUCUCCUGUUUUCCUCAUUUGGUCUCAUGUCCAUCGGUGCCGGUUGCAUUAGGCCAUGUUCCAUUGCCUUUGGAGCAGAUCAAUUGAUCAAGAAAGGCGACCCAAACAAUGAAGGUCUCUUACAGAGCUUCUUCAACUGGUUUUAUGCUUCCACUGGGGUUUCCACCAUCCUUGCACUCACCGUGAUCGUUUACAUUCAAGAACAUUUGGGCUGGAAAGUGGGUUUUGCAGUUCCUGCAUUUCUCAUGCUCAUAGCUUCUCUCUUGUUCUUAAUGGGUUCUCCUCUCUACAUCAAAGUGAAGGCCAGUAAGAGCUUGUUCACCGGAUUCUUUCAAGUGCUUGUGGUAGCAUUUAAAAACAGAAAUCUUUCUUUCCCUACCAACAACUCUAUUGAAUGCUACCAUCAAGCCCAAGAUUCAGAGCUCAUCAAACCGACCAAGAACCUAAGGUUCCUAAACAAAGCUUGCAUCAUUGGGAAUCAGGUAACAGAUGUAAAACCUGAUAGUUCACCAUCAAAUCCAUGGAAGCUCUGCACAGUGGAUCAAGUUGAAUCGCUUAAGUCACUAUUGAGAGUGGUCCCUAUAUGGUCUAGUUGUAUCAUUGUCCAGGUGAUCAUAAACCAGUCUACAUUCACAGCAAUCCAGGCAAGUACAAUGAAUAGACACAUCACCUCUCACUUCCAAAUUCCUGCGGGUUCGUUUUCAGUGUUCUUGGUCCUCACUUUGACGAUAUGGGUAGCCAUGUAUGAUCGUCUAAUCGUUCCUCUGAUGGCAAAACACAUGGGAAAACCUCAUGGGCUUAGCCAAAAUCAACGUAUGGGGAUUGGAAUACUUGUCUCUGUAGCAGCUAUGGCAGUCUCAGCAGGGGUUGAGAGGGUUCGAAGGAGGAUGGCUAUCAGAGAAGGGUUAGCAGAUAAUGCAUUCAGUGUGGUGGACAUGUCUGCUAUGUGGUUAGUGCCACAGCAAUGUCUGAUUGGAUUAGCUGAGGCAAUCAAUGCUGUGGCACAAAUAGAGUUCUAUUACUCUCAUUUCUCUAAGAACAUGGCUAGCAUGGCAAUGGCUCUGUUCACAUUAGGUAUGGCUGCUGGCAACUUGGUAGGGAGUCUUAUAGUGAAGAUUGUGGAUGGAAUUACAAAAGGAGAGGGUAAGGACAGUUGGCUUUCAAGUAACCCAAAUAAGGGUCACUAUGACUAUUUUUACUGGCUUCUUGCAAUUGUUUGUUUGGUUGAUAUGCUUUAUUUUCUUGUAUGUUGUUGGGCUUAUGGGUCUGACAAAGAGGAGGAAACCAAGCUUGAAGGUGGAACAGGAGCAAGUAUAGUAACCUAAGCAUGAGGAUUCCCCAUCAUCACUGUAUUUUAUUUUGGCAAAAGGCUUCAUAGACUGUUCCCUUUAAACCUUUGGGUCUAGUUCCUCUUUACAAAACUUCAGCCCCCAUUAAAUUUGCUGUAUGUUACAAAUUGGUGGGUCAUCCAUAGUCUCAUCCAAUUAAAACCUGUUCCUACAUAUUUUUCUUUGUAUUUUGGGGGGGGUGUUGGUAUGAAACCAUCUUCUUGUAUAUGUGUGUUAGAUUGUAUCUGUUUUUUUUAUGAGGAAAAUCUUCUUGUAACCAAAGUUGAUGGAAAAAUAUGUGCUACUUGAUUGAACCA